AUGCUGGAAAUACUGGUGAGUGGGGGGGAGUGGUGCCUGGGAGGGGGUGCUGGUGAGUGCGGAGGGGUGGUGCGUGGUGAGUGGGAGAGACGCAAAGCUAGAGGGAGGGGCAUUUUCCUGGUCGGGUUUGGGAAUAUGGGGUCUGGUUCGAAAAGUUUCACCUGGACUCAAAAGCGCUCACCUGCUCUCGCUCCUGAGGGGACUUCACGUUUCACCUGGACUCAAAAGCCGCCUCUCAAGCAGCACCUCCCCUUUUUCCUUCGCCUGCUCUCGCCCCUGAGGGAGCAGAAGCACGUGCAGCAGCAGCAUCCCGCCUUCACCCUUCCGCAUGCUCUUUCUUCCUCGUCUCCCCGCUCCCCUCUCCCCUUCUCCAUCCGCCCUCUCCCCCUCUCCUUCACCCCGCUCUCCUCAUCCCCCCCUUUAAUCCUCUUAUCCAACCCCCCACUCCCUUUCCCGCAGGGCCUGGUGGUGGUGACACCAGCAGCAGCAUUCCUCCCUAACCCUUUCCCAAAUUCUCUUAUCCAACCCCCCACUCCCUUUCCCCAGGGCCUGGGCCUGGUGGUGGUGAAGGGCGAGGAGGCAACGCGCAUCUACCACCUGCACGCACACCUGACGGGCGACAGCAGAGGCAGCAGCGGAAUCAGUAGUGUUGUUGCCGGCAGUGGGGGCAGCAGCAGCAGCAGCAGCAGCGUGGGGGGCAGUGCAGGGGUGCGCGUGAUCGAGCAGAACACGUGCUACCGCGGACAGUGGGGCGAGUCGGUGCGGUGUGAAGGGUUUGCUUCCACUUACCAUGAGGAGAGAGGUGCGUGGCGUGGGGAAAGAGGCGGGUCAAGGGGGGAGAGAGGUGGGUGCAGAGGGAGGGAGUGGGUGCAGAGGGAGGGAGUGGGUGCAGAUGGAGGGAGUGGGUGCAGAGGGAGGGAAGUGCAAGCUGGGUUGGACGGGCAGAGGCGGUGUGAGAAGUGGUCGCGGGAGCGGGCGCGCACAGAGGAGGACCAGGAGCGCAUGGACGGCGCUGAAGGCGCGGAUGGCACCCACCUGGACACGGAGAAGCUGUCGGGGUGGCAGCGACAGGUGAUGAAGCAGGCGGACAAGGAGGUGACGGAGGAGUGGCCCUUCCCAUUCCACGAGGACCGCCUCUUUGUGCUCGUUGUGCGCGCUGGCUGGGAGGGCUUCCACGUCUCGGUGGACGGCAACCACGUCGCGUCCUUCCAGUACCGCUCUGGCAACCCACUUGAGGAGGCCACGGCGGUGGCCAUCAGCGGCGCCAUCCGUCUCAAGUCGUUCGUCGCCACGUCGCUGCCGCUCGCCCCACCGCUGCGCACGGCGGACCUGGAGGCCAGCGAGUCGCUCAAGGCGCCCGCUGUGAGGGGGGACGUCAACGUGAGCAUGUUCAUCGGCAUCCUGUCCGCCACCAACCACUUUGCCGAGCGCACCGCUGUGCGCAAGACGUGGCUGCAGCACCCUCAGAUCCGCAGCGGGGAGGUGGUGGCGCGCUUCUUCCUCGCCCUGCAUCCGAGCAUCCAGGUGAACGUGGAGGUGCACAAGGAAGCCGCGCUGUACGGAGACAUGGUGGUGCUGCCGUUCAUCGACCGCUACGACCUCGUCGUGCUCAAGACCAUCGCCAUCUGCGAGUUCGGGCUCCGCAACGUAUCAACCAACUAUAUAAUGAAGGUGGACGACGACAACUUUGUACGCCUUGACGCUGUGUUUGACGAGAUCCGAUUCGCCAACCAUGCGAGCGGGCUGUACAUGGGCAACAUCAACGAGUUCCACAAGCCGCUGAGGGAGGGCAAGUGGGCCGUGUCUGAAGAGGAGUGGCCGGAGACCAACUACCCACCAUACGCCAACGGGCCAGGGUACAUCAUCACGCGAGACAUUGCUGACUUCAUCGUGCGCAUGAAGGAGUACAAGAUGCUGCGGAUAUUCAAGAUGGAGGACGUGAGCAUGGGCAUGUGGGUGGUGCAGUACGGCAUCAACAACACCAUCCACUACAUCCACAACUGGCGCUUCUGCCAGUUCGGCUGCAUGGACGACUACCUCACCGCGCACUACCAGUCGCCGCGCCAGAUGCUCUGCAUGUGGACCAAGCUGUCCAGAGGCGAGGCCAGGUGCUGCACCUAG